GGCGGCUGGCUCCUUCACGUCCUCGCCAUCCUCUACCUCUUUCUCGGCAUUGCGAUCAUCUGCGACGACUUCUUCGCCCCGUCGCUGGAGAUCAUAUGCGAGAAACUCGGACUCAGCGAGGAUGUGGCCGGCGCGACGUUCAUGGCGGCGGGUUCGUCCGCGCCCGAGCUCUUCACCUCGACGAUGUCUUUGGUAUCCGAUAACGCGACAAACGAACUCGGAGUGGCGACCAUCGUCGGCUCGGCUGUGUUCAACAUCUUGAUCAUCGUCGCCGCCACGGUCAUAUUCUCCGGCGAGACCCACCUCGCCUUGGACUGGCGUCCCGUGACGCGCGACUGCGCGUUCUACGCCGUCUCAAUCGCGUUUGUCAUGGGCGUCAUGUGGGAUGGAAAAGUCUACUGGUGGGAGGGGGUGGUGAGCGUGUGUCUCUAUCUCGGGUACGUCGGAUUCAUGACAAUAAACGGGAGCGCGAUGGAUUGGAUGGAGCGGGUCGCGCGCGGGUUUCGACGACGCACAUUGGGUAACAAGAUCGCGUCGUUCAGAGAGGAGACGCGGGAGGAGACGGACGACUUGGAGAGAUCCGUGGUCGAGCUGUCCUUGUCCCCCGAGGAUGAUAAAGCGGGAGGAAACGACGGGACUGUUGAUGAUGAGGAUGAGGCGAACAACCCGUUCGCCGUUCCCGACGACUGGCGCAAGUACCCCAUGUGGGCGCUGUCCCUUCCUUGGUACGCAGCCUUCACCGUGACCGUCCCGGACUGCGGCAAGACCGGCUGGGAGCGAUGGUACCUCCUAUCGUUCUUUUCCUCCGUGCUGUGGAUAUCCGCCAUCUCCUAUGGGAUGGUCGACGCCGCCGCGGUUGUCGGCUGCGUCCUCGACGUCCCAGAGGUGGUCAUGGGCACGCUCGUGCUCGCCGCGGGAACCUCCGUCCCCGACGCGCUCUCCUCCGUGUCCGUCGCGCAGGCUGGCCAGGGCGACAUGGCCGUCGCCAACGCCGUCGGUAGCAACGUGUUCGACAUCUGGCUCGGCCUCGGGCUACCGUGG